AUGGCUAAUAUCAAGGAAUUGAAGCACGAGUUAUCAAGCCUCCGGAAGCAAGUGGAUGCAAGUAGCGGUAAUUCUCCGCUUGCUCCACCGCUAUCCGGAGAUUCUGUGCCAAGUACAAGUUCAAGGUCAAGAGCGAGCUCGAUAACUAGCUUGGAUAGAGCCACGAUCAUCGUUUUACAAAAGAAACUUGCAAGAAGAAACGACAAGAUAGAAUUCUUGGAAGAGCAUGUCCGGCACUGUCUUGAAGAGUUGCAGAAAAAGACGAAGAUAAUCCAACAUUAUGCACUGCGUGAGGAAGCAUCGUUGUUGCUACCGUCAGAUGGAUCACUUGAGCAGCUAAUGAACUGUUGCGAAGUUGUACAGGUCCCACUAUCGAGAAAAGGAACAUCGUAUUCUCUUAUGGGUGCAAUCUUUUCUGCAGGAAGCGAUAAGAAGUCCUUACAGCUUGCUGCAGAAGUGAAUUCAAGGUUGCAGGCUGUGCUGGAAGAUGCCUUGAUAAAGAAUAUAACAUUGAAGGGUUCCGUUGACUCACUCAGCAACGAAGUUUCACGAUUAUCCCGAGAAAAUCGCCAGCUCACAUUAACACACAGUCGGUGCAAUGAACAGCACAUAUAG